AAAGCUACCGAUCUUCGUCUAUAAUUCUUUUUUAUUUUAAUAUUUCCCUUUCUAUCUUCCUUUCUUCUCUCACAAAGUGUUAAGUUAAGCAAACAAUUGUAAACAACCAACAUCGAUUUUGGUCCUUAAAACCUAAAGGUAUGAGCCGUUUCAAAUAAAUAAAUUGUUUAAAAAAAAUAUCAUUCAUUUGUUAGUACACAUAGUCAUAUCCUAUAUAAUCAUCUGAAAUAUAUUUAUUGAAAAUUUCAUUUCUCAAUAUCCGUACAAAUUUUGAUAAAACAUUGAAACUGGCACCACUGUCGCAAACGGUUUCAUUCGUUUGUUUUGCUUGCUGCGCCGAGAAAUUUUUGCCUCAACCUUGCGCGCCGCAAUCAGGCCGCCCGGAAGAAGAUGCAGGUUUCGUUCGUGAUCCGGGACGCCGAAGAGAAACGACAUCAAAAUGGAGUCGACGCCCUGCAACUGGUUCCGAUCAAUGGACGGCUGUACUCGGCUGGGCGCGAUGCCAUCAUCCGGGUGUGGAACUGCACCCAGAUCAGCUCCCAGGAACCGUACAUCCAGAGCAAGGAACACCUCCACGAUUGGGUCAACGAUAUAGUUUUGUGCUGCGGUGGAAGAAAUUUAAUAAGUGCAAGUCGUGACACCACCGUGAAAGUGUGGAAUGCCCACAAAGGAUUUUGCAUGUCGACGCUACGAACUCACCGAGAUUACGUUCAGGCACUGGCCUACGCCACGGAAACAGGUGGCUAGCUCCGGUCUGGACAAGGCCAUCUUCCUGCUGCAGGAAUCCGCACACCGGGGCAUUCAAGGAAUGCAAGAACCGAUGACAUUUUUUGUACCAGGUACGUGGAAAUUAAAACCAUUUUUAAAACAAUUUCCUAUGAUCCCGUUUGUUAUAUUUUAGGUUACGCUGCCGGAACCCUCAAAGUUUUACUCCGUGCUAUGGAUUGGUUGGCUCGGAAAGUUCUACAGGACGUGCAUGCUGGGCGAAAUGAGCAGGCAGCCGGAAAAAUAUACAUUUCGGGCAAGUUUGUGAUAAACGUGAUUUA